AUGACUCCAGAAUUCACCGCCCUGAGUUCACUAUUAGAUCAAUCUCUUCUGCCAGAGACUAUUUUUUCUAGUGUUUACGAAACGCAAAUGUCAGAUAUUUUCACCAGCUUGGCACCAACAAUGGAGACAACAAAGUCUUUUCCACAUUCAGAGUUCUCUAGAUCCACAUUAGUUCCAGAUGCCACUCAAGUGAUGUCAACAAUCACUGACAUAUCAUGGACUGAUGUCUAUGAGAUCAUCUCCACAGAAGUGUUUGAGUAUAUAACUACAGAUGUAUAUGACAGUCGCACGCUUGGUACUGGUACCGAUGAAUAUCAAGUCAGUACACUAUUUCCGACAUUAGGCCAACCGGGUCUUCAAACAGAGUCAACGCUGGUAUUGUCGAUGAGUGAAGAGAUGCCACUUUUGUCCUCCGUUGUCAUGGAAACGACAGUUCUUCCAAUAGACACCAUCGUCGUAAGCUAUGAGAUGUCAUCAGUUUUGUUCACAUUGGUAGAGACGUCUUCAGUAAUGCCUAUUACUCCCAGCAUGCCCAGUGUCUAUCCUGUAACGUCAGAUAGACAGGUCGUCACUGAUUCGACGGCGAUGUUCACCAGUGAGACCGGAACCACUUCUUUGGUAUCGCUUGCUCCAUCGUUCCUAUACAGCACCGUUAUGGAUUUAAGCACCAUUCUAGUUUCUGAUACUAUCACUGAUGCAUCCUCCAUUACUGAUUCGACGGUGAUGUUCACUAGUGAGAUUGGAACCACUUCUUUAGAAUCAUUUACACCAUCGUUCCUAUACAGCACCGUUAUGGAUUUAAGCACCAUUCUAGUUACUGAUACUAUCACUGAUGGAUCCUCCAUAACUGAUUCGACGGUGAUGUUCAGUAGUGAGAUUGGUACUGCUUCUUUGGAACCACUCAUACCAUCGCCCCUAUACAGCACCGUUAUAGAUGUAAGCACUAUUCUAGUUAGUGAUCCAAUCACUGAUGCAUCCUCCAUUACUGAUUCGACGGCGAUGUUCAGUAGCGAGAUUGGAACCAGUUCUUUGGAAUCGCUUACGCCGUCGUUCAUACACAGUACCGUUCUGGAUUUAAGCACCAUUCUAGUUACUGAUACUAUCACUAAUGCGACCUCCAUUAUUGAUUCAACGGUUAUGUUCAGUAGCGAGAUUGGAACCACUUCUUUGGUAACACUUGCACCAUCGUUCCUAUACAGCACCGUUAUGGAUUUAAGCACCAUUCUAGUUACUGAUACUAUCACCGAUGCAUCCUCCAUUUCUGAAUCGAUGGUGAUGUUCAGUAGUGAGAGUGGAACCCCUUUGGAAUCCGUUAGACCGUCGCUCCUAUACAGCACCGUUAUAGAUCUAAGCACCAUUCUAGUAAGUGAUAUCAUCACUGAUGCAUCCUGGAUUUCGCCCUCUUCUUCAGAAUAUUACCCUUCUCCAUCAACUCCCUCAUUCGCAUCAAGCAUUUUGCCGAGUUUGCCAUUCUUUACACCAAUACUGCCUUCAUUUACUGAAACUCCAUACCUUGAUACAUCAUCCAUUCUCAUUUAUACCACGGUAGACUUGGAAAGCUCGUUUCCCAGUAGAAGCUCUGAGGAUUUGACCUCCUUGAUGCCAGAACACUCUGAAAUAUCUUAUUCUGUCAGUCAUCUGUCGUCACGCUACAUGCCAUCUGAUUAUCUGACGGAAACUUUACUAACAUCUGAAAUGGUUUCUGUAGACAUAACUGACACAUUCCCGGUGCUAAUAUCAAGUACAGGGGACUACCUCACUUUAGUCGUGUCAGGCAGUGAUACAAUUGAACCAUCAUCUCUUACUGGAACAUUUGAAACAAUAUCAACCCGAUUCGUAGAGUCCAGCGCUUCAGAAAGAAUCCCACUCCUGACAUUAACAGAGUCUAUCCAAAUAACAAGCCUGGACACACUUAUAUAUACAACCGUGCAGGACACGGUUAUAACUGACUCCUUGGUCACACUUCCAACAACUAUACUUGAGUAUUCGUCGAGUGCCUCGUCGGUCUCAUCAAUCGUCCAAACUCUUUCAAGUCGAAUGCCUGAAGUGUCUACAACAGAGGUCUAUGAAACUGUUUCGUCCGCAACAACCGACUUCAUUGUACCACCGUUUAGUACAAUGGCUCUUGUGACAUCAUCUAUUGACAUAAUGCCAAGUCCGUCAACUGCUGUAGGUGCCACAUCAAUGAGGACAGCUGUUGAAGCAUCGAUUGAUAGUUCUCUUCACCUAGAAACAUUGUCCAUUAUGACACCAACAAGUGAAGUAUACGAAACCAGAACAAUGUCUCCAGGUAGCCCAAUCAUAUCAAGCCUUGAUACUAAUGCUCCUUCCACCUUGUCAGGGAGCUACAGCUCUAUGUUCAUACCGCCCUUUAUAACACUGACCCCUGUGCAGACAACCGAUUAUGUGAUAUCAACCAUGAUUGGCCCAACCACUUCUACAUCAGAAACAUAUAUUUUGACAGAAGGAUUGACACCCCAAGUUCCAUCAAGUUCUUAUGCAGCGAUAGAUUCAUCAGAUGUAUUAAGCAACGUGGUAACAGAUACAGUCAGCUUAGGUUCUAUGAAAGUGUCCUCUGAUGCGUCUACGUCAACACUCACUUUUCCGAGUCCAAGUGACUCUUUGAGGAGCGAAUCAAGUGGAUUAUUAUCAACACUGUCGGGGACACCACCAUUGACUUCUUUGCCGUCAUUUACCACAUCCAGUCUGUUCCAGUCUGAAGAAUCUCCAUCUACAUUGUUCACAGAACUGACACCUACGCUCAUCCUUUCCUUUUCAUCAAGUGAGGUGUUUCUGUCAUCCAGCGUGGCACCUCAAGAAACCAUUUCGAUGAUCCUGUCAACAAGCUCUCAGAUGGUCACACCAAGUAUCCCACCUACAGAUCCUCCUAUGACCACAGCUACUGAAUCACCUGUUGAUGUACCUCUAGAGUUCCAACUGACGAUGGAUAUCAAGGUUCCUACCUCUGAAGACAUUUCGGCUGACGACUUCUCUGAGGCACUCUCCAACAACCUUGAAGUCCUGUACAUAGAAGGGGAAAGUAAUACCCUUGAACGGCGGAAACGUAGCAACAGUGAAGCAGACACGCCAUCUGUAGACUCUUUGGAUCACGAAUGGAUAUUCACCAGAAAGCAACAAACUGGAGGACAUCCCAGGAUCAGACAACGCCUCGAACUCCAAGAGCAGUAUGCACUGAAGGAGGAUUCCAAAUUUGAAGGAUUGGCAAAAGAGUCUUCUGCUGAAAUAGAAUGGAUGUUCGUCUCGAAACAGAUAGGCAAAUCAAGUCCCAGGAUUCAAGUCAGGACUGAAAAUAAAGUUCGAAGAAAAAGGCAAGCUGACCCGUCUGAUGAUAUCGAAGUACCGAUAUUGGCGCUGUCCCGUUCUGAUAAUGUUGACCCGGAGACAGUUACCUUGACCUUUUACGUCAUGGAGAAUGAAACCUUGGUCAUGGCGACCGAUGCUGCAGCCACCUACAACACCCUAACUGAAGGAGAGAUGAGUGCUCAGUUGGGCUACGCUGUGAGAAGCAUACCACACCCAGUGAUACCUACCCCGACCACAACCCCAGACUAUCCCUACACCAUACCCCCCGCAGACCAGACCGACUGGCUCAAAGUGACCCUGAUAGUCGAUACUGCCUUUGACGAAACCAAUGCAACAUUCCAGAAGCAACUGCGGAAUGAUCUGGAAGAGUAA